AUGCGGUCUUGUUGCAAAGUGUUUGACACCAGCCUGCAUGACAUCCUGAUCACCAUAUUGGAGAAAAAUGGAUUUGAUGGAUGGACCACUCUCUGGAUAAGUUAUUGGCUGGAUGGUAUAGCACUCAGAGAGUUGCAGUCAAUGGCUCAGAGUCCAAGAAAAGACUUAGUGAUGAGUGGCAUUCCUCAGGGACUGGAACCUGUUCUGUUCGACAUCUUUGUAGGCAACAUGGGCAGUGGGAUCAAGUGUAUCCUCAGCAAGUCUGUAGAUGACACCAAGAUCAGUGGUGCAGUUGACAUGCUAGAGGAAAGGGAUGCCAACUUGAGGGACUUGGACAGGUUUGAGAGAUGGGCCCAUAUCAACCACAUGAAAUUCAAUAAGGCCAAGUGCAAGGUUCUGCAUCUGGGAAGGUGUAAUCCCAAACUCAAAUACAGAUUGAGUGGAGAAUGGCUUGAGAGCAGCCCUGAGGAGAAGGAUUUGGAUCUGUUGGGCGCUCCGUUCCGUGUGGUUGGCAAGCAGGUACGAGGGUUUAAUUCUCUCCCGCAGUGCGCGGCGCGGAUCCCGGAGGCCGGAGCGGUGCUGGACAUCCUGGAGAAGUGCCCCGAGCGUCAGCGGAAGGGAGAGUUUCCCGUCGUGGUGUUUGAGGGUCUGGAUGCCACAGGCAAAACCACAGUAACACAGUCAGUCAAAGAUGCCCUGGGUGCUGUUCUGUUAAGAUCUCCGCCAGUUUGCAUCAGCCAGUGGAGGACAAUAUUUGAUGAAGAGCCAACACCCAUUAGAAGGGCCUUUUAUGCUGCGGGCAACUACAUUCUUGCUUCAGAAAUAGCAAAAGCAUCCACUCAGGCACCUGUGAUUGUAGACAGGUAUUGGCAUAGCACAGCUGCUUAUACAAUAGCCACUGAAACAGAUGGGAACAUCCAAAAUCUUCCACCAGAUCAUGAUGCCGUGUAUAAGUGGCCUGAAGAUCUGCUCAAACCUGAUCUUGUUCUUCUCCUAACUGUCAACCCUGAGGAGCGAGCCCGGAGGCUUGAAGGUCGAGGGCUGGAGAGAACAAAGGAAGAGGCUGAGCUGGAAGCUAACAGCUUGUUUCGCCAAAGAAUUGAAGAGUCGUACAGAAGGAUGGUGAAUCCCGCAUGCCAAGAGGUUGAUGCCAGUCCCUCCAAGGAAGAGGUUUUCAAGACAGUGCUGCAACUAAUUAAAAAACACUGUACCUUGUGAAAGCAACUUCUUUUUAUUAACACUUACAAUCUACUUUUUAUUGUCCCUUUAUUUCUGCUAGCUCAAAAUGCCCUAUGAUGUGCUUUGUUCCCUAGAAGAACCAUUUAUUUCUUCUGCCAACAGCAAUCUGGUCAGGUUAUCAGUUUCAUUGAUGUCUACUGCACUUUUAUGUGUGAAGCAAAAUAGCACUCUCACUUGUUCAGCAUUUCUGGUAAAACCACAAGCCUACCACGGUCUUACACAAAGUAUGUGAGAGUCCUCUCUGACAGUGUGACAUUUCAAGAUGCUGUCAGGUUGUAUCAUCAUCGUGAUGAGAUCUUGUUCAUACCUUCACUGUGUACCAGAAUUCACUGAUUGCAGCAGGAGCAUGAAAUGUACAAGGAGAGGAUAAAAUGUAAUCCAGCAGUAAAGCAAUGAGACGAUCAUAACAUUUUGGAACAGCCUGAUGUUGCUUACUGCAAUAGAGGAUGAGCUGCUGUGAUGAGCAUCCUGUAAUAAGUGUCUCAUAAAUAUGGGCUGGUAACUACCUGGGACUCUAAGGAAUACAGUUCAUGCCUGUCAACAUAUGCAAAUGAAAUGUAAAUUCAUUUCAGAGGGAAAAAAAUGAGUACACUGACAUGUUAGAAGCAGAGACCUGAGAAGAACACGAGAUUAAAAGCAUUGGUUAAAUGAUUCUUAAAAUAUCCUUUUACAAAGUAUUUUCUCUAUCCUAUAGGUUUGUCAGUGUAAGUUUGUGUUCUUUUUGAGAGAAUGUGAAAUGACAAAAUGCAGAGAAUUGGAGCAAUGAGGAUGAUGGUACUCCAAUUUUACUUGUAUGCUGCUUUUUUUUUUUUUUUCCCCACGUGUUGAAUACAAAAGCAGACAACCAGCAAGAUUUCAGCCCUGUAAAGUCUUAUUUUUAUGUAUGUUUGUUUCACUGUUACUCAUAACUAUAAAACAAAACAGAUGGUUAAGCUUUGGGGGUGUCAGAAGUGAAUUGCAGUUCCAGAAAAAAAAAAAAAAACAACUAAUAAAAUGCAAUUUGAUUUAAAA